GAGAGACCCCUCCUGCUGUAGAGAUGAUGCUUGUAACUGGCUGCAAUGAGUAGUGGCAGCCUCAGUAACACGUCCCCCUGGAGACUAGACUAGCAGGAGCAACACGUGAUGUGUCUACUUAUCAGGUUUAGGGAGAGGAGAGAGCAGGCGUUUGGAGACCGAGUGACAGAGGUGAGCGAAAUAAGAGACUUUUUCGGUCUCCUAAACUCUUUCUUUUCAUUUUCCACGUUCGGGAAGAAAACGUGAGAAAGGGAAAUAAGAAGUUAGUGAACUUUGCACAUCCUCAGAAACGCCAUUUUGAUUCCUCUCCGGAACAACUUUGCAGCUUUUUUUUUUCUCUCUCGUAAGUCUAUCAUCACCGCUCAUCAUCAUCAUCAUGUCUCGGCGCAAACAGCCCAACCCCAACAAAGUCAAACUAAUGGAAAGUGCAGCUGAAGCCAAGGCAGAUGCCGAGGUUACACCCUCUACGGUCGUGGCUGGUGAUUCCACAAACCAGAAAGAAAGUCUUGCUACAGCACUGGCAGAAAAGGACAAUGGAGGUAAGAACUGCAAAUCUCUUUCCCCAGCCGAUGAAAAUGGACUUGGACCCAACAGUUCCGAUGGUGUGGACCUGUCCUCCAUCAAUGCCAUGAUGUCAACUGUAAUGGGUGUGGGAAAGAUCGAUGGCAACAGCAAUAACUCGCCACUGAAAACACCAACAAAAUCUCCUGGGCCAAACCGCACUGGCAGACGGAACCAGGAAGCCAAAGAAGAAAAGUCCUUAUUUAUUUGCCCUUUGUGUGAAAAGAACUGCAUGACACAACACCAGCUAACUAUGCACAUUCGACAGCACAACUCUGACAGCGGCGGCGCAGACCACUCGUGCAGUAUCUGUGGGAAGUCGCUGAGCUCAGCAAGCUCCCUGGAUCGCCACAUGCUGGUGCAUUCUGGAGAGAGGCCUUACAAGUGUAGUGUCUGCGGCCAGACCUUCACCACCAAUGGCAACAUGCACAGGCACAUGAAGAUCCAUGUGAAGGACCCCAGCACUGCAGUCCCCUCCAGCCCUCACUUUCCAAUGAAGCGCAGGAGGCUGUCAGCCAAGAGGAAGCUAAGCCACGAAGGGGGGCAUGAGAAGACAGAGGAGCCACGAAAUAAGAAGGUAGCAGAGGACAGCCUCGCUGACGAGCAAGAAACUAAAGCAGAUGAAGAAUUAUUGCACUGUCCCAUCUGCUUCAAGACAUUUAUAUGCAAAUAUGGGCUAGAGACGCACAUGGAGACUCAUCCUGAUACCACACUCAGGUGUGACCUGUGCUGCAUCACGUUCCGUACCCAACGUGGUCUGCUGCGACAUAAUGCCGUUAUCCACAAGCAGCUCCCCACAGACCCUUCAGGCAAGCCUUUCAUCCAGAACAACCCCUUGCUUCCAGUGGGCUUCAAUGAUCUGGCAUUCAUUGAUUUCUCCUGUCGGAAAUUUCCAAACAUCGCUCAGGUCUGGUGUGAAACAAACCUGAGAAGAUGCACUAGCAAAUUCCACCGGUUUGUUUGUGAAAUGUGCAAUAAGGCUUUCCCCCUGCAAUCAGCCCUCAGCCUCCACUUGGAAACCCACAAAGGACCUCAAGAAGGCGGCAAAACCAAACCCAAGGAGGACUCUUCAACUCAAGUGGAAAAGAUGAGCUUCAUGGCAUCUCUGGGUUUGCAGCACAUCUCGGAAGUGAAACCAGCCAAGCAGGACGAGAUGUGUGCUGAUCUUGAGAAUAUCAAAGUAAUACGGGUUGAACCAUCCAAGUCUGACCUACCUCAGGAGGCCAACUGUGCCACCGGGAUGAACCUUCCUCACCUGUCGCAGUCCGCUCAGAACAGCCUGAAAGUUCUGUCACUGCAGCCCUUUCAGAAGGGCUUCAUCAUCCAUCCUGAUAAUAAUAUAGUGGUCAAGCCCAUCUCCAGUGAGUCAGGGAUGGAACUGGCUGACAUCCAACAGAUCCUCAAGAUGGCUUCCUCUGCACCGACCCAGAUCAGUCUUCCCCCUCUCUCCCAGGCCCCUCCCACUCUGACACAAUCUGUCUAUAAGCAGAUGCCAACUCUGAAGCCAAAGCCUUUGGUGACCCCCCGUUCGAUGGUGGCAGCCUCCACUCCUCCCCCUCUCAUGAAUGCCCAGCAGGCCUCACCAGGCUGCAUCAGUCCUAGCCUGCCUCCUCCACCACUCCAGCUCCUUAAGAGUCCAGUGGAGUCAUCCUCCAGCAAUCAGAGCCUGCAGCACAAGCCAGGGCAACCCAACUCCUCUCAGCUGCAGCUUAAGACAGAGCCCACAGAGAUGAAGAUACAGUUAGAACAGGACAGCAUCAUCGAUACCCUAAUGCCCAUGGAAGUUGAGAGGAAAAUCAAGCAGGAAGUGAGUGAGGAAGACCUAAAGGCCAUCAUGGCAGAGGCAGCCAGCAAGAAGGGCUCAUUUGUAAGGAAAGGUGUCUACCCGUGCCGCUUCUGUGACCAGGUCUUUGCAUUCUCUGGUGUUCUCCGGGCUCACAUUCGCUAUCAUCUGGGCAUUUCACCUUACCGGUGCAACAUCUGUGAUUACAUUGCCCCUGACAAGGCUACACUCAUCCGCCACCUGCGUACGCACAGCGGAGAGAGGCCCUAUAUCUGCCGCAUCUGCCACUACCCCUUCAGUGUCAAAGCAAAUUGCGAGAGGCACCUACGCAAAAAACAUAUGAAGGUCACACGCAAGGAGAUUGAGAAGAACAUCGAGUAUGUUUCCUGCUCCACAACUGACCUGCCCGAGACCAUGUGCACUAUCCCUGAGACUGCUUGCCGGUACUGCGGGAACGACCUCAAGAACUACCGGGCUCUGCAGAUCCACAUGAGGACCCAUAACGGGUGUCAGAAGAAGCCAUUUGAGUGUAAAGAGUGUGGUGCUGCCUUCUUGGCCAAGAGGAACUGUAUUCACCACCUCCUCAAGCAACACCCUCAAGUUCAAGAAAAAGAGAUUGAGGACCACAUCACUACCACGGAUCCGACUGCUGAAGUGAACAAGGUUGGGUCCCCCACCCCUAACACCAACGACAGUGAGCAGUCAUCCUACCCUCUUCCCCAGAAUGGACUGGUUUCUGGUGUAUUUAUCCCACGCCCUAUCAAGGUUGAGCCUGUGAGUUGUUUCUCUGCAGACCUGGACCAGCCUCUGGAUUUUUCCAACAAGAGCAAAAGCUCUGGAUUUGUUACCAUCCAGCAGGGGAGCCACAUACACUCGCCCCAGCUCUCCCGGUUCCAUGACGGUUCCAUGGAGCCCAUUGACCUCUCCAUCCCCAAGAACGCUGGUAAAACAACAGCAGAAUCAACAACAGAGAUUAAGAAAGAGCAGCCAUCACAUGUGACUGACAAUCUCUUCCCGUCCCCCACAGUCUUCCAUGGGAAAAGCGACCUGGACAAACCCAUGGUGGCGAAGCAUUCCCAGGCCACUUUACAAGCCCCAUUUCAGCUCUCUCUUCCCAUGGCUUCCUCGGCUGCACUCAACAACUCCACCCUGCUACGACCAAUAAGGCCCAAGCCACUGCUGCCAAAGCCUGACGUGUCAAAGGAGUUACCCCCCUUGGCUUCCAUAGCUCAAAUCAUCUCCUCUGUGUCCUCUGCUCCUGCCCUCCUGAAGAGAGAAGCUCACCCUGCCAGUUCUAAUGCAAUCAGUGGCACCCCAGGAUCAGAGAAGAAUGCAAAACUGAAGGGACUGCUCUCAGUCACUCCAGCAGACUCUGAUGCUCCUAAUGAUCCCAGUCUGGUGGCCGAAAGUCCAGAUGCUUCCCAGGAUGACUCCCCACUGUGCAUGUCUAAGAAAAGGGGCAAAAAGAGGGCAACAAGAAACAAACCCAAAGCCACCAUCACCAAUGUGGUGGACCUGGAGUCCAGUGGAGAGUUUGCCAGCAUCGAGAAGAUGCUUGCAACCACUGACACCAAUAAAUUCAGCCCAUAUCUGCAGUCCUCCUCAGACAUCAAAGAAGAGAUGGACAGGAAUAUGACCAGCGAGGAUGAGAAGGAGGUGCCAGAUGCAAAGAUUAUGAAAGGGAAGAAGAACGCUUAUUCCAACUCCCUGCAGAAGAUCACCUGCCCCUUUUGCCCCAGAGUCUUUCCAUGGGCCAGCUCACUGCAGCGUCAUAUGCUGACUCAUACAGGUCAGAAGCCCUACCCCUGUCCUAAGUGUGAUGCCUAUUUUUCCACCAAAUCUAACUGUGAGCGCCACCUGUUGCGUAAACAUGGAGUUGCCAAUCACUCGUUGAGAAGAAAUGGUUUUACCCCCAAAUCUAAAGUUGAUGAUGAAGGAUCAGAAGAAAGUGCAGAGAGCCAUUCGGAACCCGAAUUGACAUCAGGAGAUGCACUCAAUCUGACCACUUGUGAAAAGGAGCCGGCAAAGUGUCUACAAGGAAGUUCAGAGAACAAGGAUGAGCCAAAGGACGUUGCUGUUGAAGAGCAAGAGCAUGAUGAAAUUGAGACCGAGCCCAGCCCCCAGACAGAGGACCCAGAAGAUGACACCCAAAGCAACAAAAGCCUGGACCUGAAUUUUGCAAGCAAGCUGAUUGACUUCAAGCUGUCUGAAGGAGACCAGAGUGGUGGCUGCAGCUCCCAUGAUGAUACAAAGCACACAUGUGGCAGCUGUGGAAAGAGCUUCAAAUUCGCUGCUACACUGACCCGUCAUGAGAAAGUGCACUCAGCUGACAGCCAGGGCGAAAGCAGGAGUGGGAGAAAAAAAAACAGGAAGUCUGCUGAGGCUGCUACAGACAACGUGGCUCAGGAGACAGAUACAUUCAGGGAGGAGGCUGAGAGCCGGGAAAGAACAAAGGAAAGCACCUUGGGAGCUGAACGGGAAAGUGAGGAGAACAUCAGCUGUGCGGAGAGCGCUUCGGAGGAUGAGUUGCCGGCAGAGAAAGCAAAUGACGAUAAGAGCGAUGAAGACAGCAGCAACCAGAAGGAACCAAAGACAAGCAGGGCCGGAGGAACAAAUAAGGCAGACAAGAGGAAGAAAAUCUGCAAUGUGUGUAACAAGCGGUUUUGGUCCCUGCAGGAUCUGACACGACAUAUGAGAUCUCAUACAGGUGAGAGACCCUACAGAUGCCAGACAUGUGAGCGCACUUUCACUCUGAAGCACAGCCUGGUGCGACACCAGCGCAUCCACCAGAAGAUUCGCGGGAGUGAAGAGGAGGGGGCCGGCAGCGAGAGUGAAUCGGCACACAGUGGCACCAGCCCACCCUCUGAGAACGAGUGCGAAAUCAUCACCAGCAUUACUACCCUGGAUGAGCCGCCAACAGGCACCUCGACUGCCACCACCACAGCUGCCACUGCCAGCCAGCCUUCACCUAGGGCUGAGAAAUCCUUGGAGCAAGAGGGGGGGGAGGAGGAGGAGGAUGAAAUGGGGCAAGGAGGUCAGAGUGAGUCUGCAACCAAGCCUGCCACUGAGACACCAAGCAACUUCAUUCAAGAUCUGCUGGACAUGCACAAUAAGCCCCCUAUCAGUCACGUCCUUCCAUCCAACGAGCCUACACCACAGCUUUUGGAAGUAGAGUGACUGCAAUACUUGUGUGAAUAUGCAGAAAGCACUGUUUUUAUUUCUGCUACAACUGGCAAUAAGAGUAGAUACACAGUGCCAUAAAUGUCAUGUCAAAUGCUAUGGACUAUAUUCUGUUUGGAGUGCCUUACUACUUUUCUAGAUCUUUCUAUCAAGUUAAAUAUUAAGAAUAUCUUUUUUUUUUUUUUUUUAAAUAGCAUUUAUGAAAUGUUCUUAAAGAAAUGAACUUAUUGAAGCAUUAAGAUAAUGAUUUACAGUACCUAUUUUGUGUGAUUUGAAAAAACUAUACUAAUAUAUAUAUAUAUAUAUAUAUAUAUAUAUAUAUAUAUAUAUAUAUAUAUAUAAACACAGCCUUUCUUAAUCUGCUGAAGCUACAAAUGUUUAUUUUUUGGGCUGGAGCUCCAAAAUAAGGCUUGAAUAUGACUGCACAUAACUGGAAAACAAAUAAAACAAAAGUAUAUGGGAGGGAAGAGGAUUUCUCAGUAUUGAAAUCCUUUUGCUAAAGAGGGUUUUUUUCAUGGACACUUUUGAAACUUGAUAUACUGAAUGGGUUGGGGUGGGAUGUUGUUUUAAAAUGAAACCCUAAUAAUAUAAUAUCUACAAUUCACAGCCUAGCUGUUCUUUUUUUAAUGUGUUUUUUUUCAUGUAAGAAUUUGGUAUUCAUUGUUACCAGAGAAAAGUGGGCAAUAUUUGCCUGUUAUAUCUUUGAAAAAACCUAGCCUUUAUGUACCAUGUCUUUCUACUUCACUGACAUAGUUUCUGUACAAAAAAAAAAAGUAUGUUGGUUGGUUGGGUGUUUGGCUUCAAUGGCCAGUGGCUUAUGGAUUUGCAAGCAGGUGGUCAGCUGUCUAAAGGUGCAGUUUGUUUUGUAGGUAGCUUUGAAGGAAGGGAUUUUCGGCAGAUACAUUGGAAGGAACCACAAAGUAUCUUUAUGAACAGAAUCUGUUCAAGUAGAGCUGACCUUGUGGCUGGAUGUGACAGGACAGUUAAGUCUUCCAAUAUUUUUGUUUGUUUAAAAAGCCUUAUUACCGAUUCUGCAAGGCUUACAAUCUGUAAGCAGGAUCUUGCUCUGUUUAAAAAGCAUGGAGGAACACUAUACCUAAGGGUUUAUGUUUGGUACUUGAAAAAUGUAUCCUACUGUCUCUCUACUGUGCAUUGCCUUGGAGUGUUAUUAAUUAAUGUAAGAAAAUAGGCUGGGUGUGACACUUUGUUUUUAUAUAAAAGAAACUUAAGGCUCAAAGAGGUUAACAUUUAGAUCAAGCAUUUAGGAAACCCCUUAUUUUCAUACACCCACAGCAAUAAUUCCAACUAAAUCUAGACUCAAAUUGUUCCAACUCUGGCACCAACCAAAAUAAAAAAAAUAUAAAUAUAUCUUCCUUAUAAAACAAACUAUUUUAAUCAAGAGAUGGGUAAAUGUAUUAUACAUAUGUAUUUAAUAAGUUCCCAAAUUUACAUGCCCAAUAAUCUGGGGAGAUGCCAUUAAUCAAGUGUGUGCUGCAAAAUAUUUUUUUUACAAAUUACAUUAAGUGAUGACAUGGAAAAAACAAAGACUCCCUGUGUCAAACUGGGGUUUAUACUAGCAAUAAUCACUGUUAAUUUGAAGCUUUAUUUAGACCUUUUAUCUAUAUUAGUAGGUCAUGUGGUCUUCUCACAUUUUUGCCAUUAUUAUUAGAUUGACUGAGAAAUGUAUUUUGUUUUCUCAAAUAUAUAAAGAAAUAAAAAACUGUGAAAUGUAUCAUGUGUUAAACUAUGGGUGAAUCUUAGACUAGUUUUGCAUGUUAACCUAAUUUUGUUUUGAUUGUUUGUUUCUCCCUUUUAUGUUUAUUUCCUCUCUCAGGGCUUUUACAGUAUGCAGAUUCAAAAAUGUUCCUUUUUAAUCCCCCCACCUCACCGAGUUGCAAAUGGGAAUAAUUAAAUCACUACAUUAAGCACUUGACUGAAAAUAUGUGAAGCAAAAGCAAAACAAAACCUUUGGUGUUGAUUGGCUGCUUGGAGGUGGCCGUUUCACUUCACUGUACUGCGUUUUAACAGUUCUUCGAAAAAGGCUUGUUGCGUUUCUCUACUCGAAGGUAUCAGUUUGAUUGUGUAACCAAUGAAUUGCCAUGAAAUCACUGUUGAAGUUUAGAAUCCGUAUUUUGGUAAAGGGAACUCACACUGCUGCUACAUGCAUAUCAGACUGGUUAAUGCCACGUGAACAGACCACAUGCUGUCCGUUGGUACUUUACUUUCCUUUGCAUUAAAUUGUACAGUACUUCAGAUUCAGAAAUGUUAUCUGUUCUGUAUCAAACCAUUUAAACAAUAAAGGUAUAUUAAGUAAUGGUG